AUGGCCACUAAGAAAAUCAUACUCAUUACUGGGGCCAGCGACGGCAUCGGCUUAGAAUCGAGCUACGCCAUCGCCAAUGCCUCGCCCUCUAAUCACGUCAUCAUGGGCUGCCGGAGCCUCGAGAAAGGCAAAAAAGCGCUGGAGCAAGUCCAGGCCCGCAAACCGGCUGGCACAGUCAGCCUCGUGGAGCUGGACGUGACCAACGACUCGACCAUCAAGGCCGCUGCCGACAAGAUCACCGCAGAUUUUGGAGUGCUUGACGUCCUGAUCAACAACGCGGGCGUCUUCCCGGCCGGGACAAAGGAGAACCGGCGGGCGGAGAUGAUGCAGGCCUUCAAUACAAACACGAUCGGACCCAUGGUGUUAUUUGAUUCGCUCGAACCGCUUCUUCAGAAGUCAGGGAACCCUAGGAUCAUUAACGUCUCUUCCGUUCUGGGCUCCAUCAACAACAGACUGAAUCCGCAAUGGGAGCACUAUAACGUUCUCGGAGAACCCUAUCGCAUAUCAAAGGCGGGCCUUAAUAUGGCGUCGGCCUGCAUGCUGAAGUACUCUAAGCAGUGGGGCGGGAAGGUUUGGACGUAUUGCCCGGGAUACGUCCUCACCAAUAUUCGGGGUGAGGGAGACCGCCAGCGCAGGAUAGAUACGGGCGCUGAGAGCGUCGAGACGAGUGCCGAGGGCUUGCUCGAGAUCAUUCAGGGGAAGAGGGACGGUGAGAUGGGACUCUUCCUAGAGAGAAGGGGGAAGGUGUCUCCUUGGUAG